AAGAAAUAUACACAUUGUAUUGAAAAUGAUUAUUAGAAUUUAACCAAUCAAAAUAAAGAUUCUUAACGAAAUUCACCAAUAGCAACCGUAAAACGUGUCAGAGUUUAAUGUGAAUAGAUAUGCAGGUCGAAACUUGAUUACAAUACUUUUUCCUUAAAAAUGUUGUUAUAUUUAUUUUAUAUUCUUCUUUUAUCCGCAUUUGCUUCAGCGAAGAUAGACGUGAGAGAAUUAAAAUGUUUAGUUUGCAAAGUUACAUUUGACGAAUUAAACGUUGCAAUAAACAAAUUAGAUCCAGAUUUACAAAUGGAAAUUGGUGGUUAUAAAAUAGAUCAUGAGGGAAAUUUGAAGAGAAAAACUGUUUCCCAAACUCAAUCAGAAGUUGCUUUAUCUGAAACUAUUGAAGAUAUUUGUGAAAAGAUGGAAGAUUAUGUUCGUGCCACCUACAAAUCAAAUGGAAAGUUAACUUUAUUGAAAAUGGUUCUUUCUGAUGGUAGUAUGAAUCCUGAUAUGUCCAUAGUGGAUUUUAUACAAGAUGAUGAUUUAAAUAAGAGUCUUAAAUAUUAUUGUGAAGAAAUUUUAGAGAUGUAUGAAGAUGCAAUCAUUAAAAAUUACAUUAAUAAUAAAGACACUGUGAAGCAUAAAAUGUGCAUUGAAGAAACUAAAUACUGUGAUACUCUCGAAGAUACCGAUAAGAAUGAAACUGAAAAUGAGGAAGUCGAUGAAGAUAUAAAAAACUUGGAGAAAAUCUUACAAGAAGAAAGAGAUGAAUUAUAGUUUAUAAUUAAAAAUUAUUGUUAAUAUUUGAAAAUAAAAUUUUUAUUGAUCAAAA